AUUACUGGAUGCUGUGCUGGGUGACUACCAAAGGAAUGUGCCCAAUGCUCGGGAGCCUGAAGUGUUGAGUACCAUGGCAACAUUUGUCAACAAAUUAGAGGGCUUCAUAUUCUGUACUCAUUGUUGAAAAGCUUGGAGCAAGAAGCUGCAGCACAGAGUUUCUAUCAGACGUACUACAUGAUGAUUGUUCAGCACGUGUUAUCAGUUGUCACAGACACAUCACACACUGCAGGUUUAACAAUGCAUGCAACAAUUUUGGCACACAUGUUCAGUUUAGUAGAAUCAGGGAAAGUCUCAGAGCCUCUCUUUGCUGCAGAAGCAACACAGUAUUCCUCAAAUCAGGCGUAUGUUCAAGAGUGUAUAGCCAAUCUUCUCAAGCAGGCAUUUCCACAUUUGCAACAUGCACAGAUUAAGUUGACUGUCCAAGGGCUUUUUGAUCUUAAUCAGAACAUUCCAGCCUUCAAGGAACAUUUGAGAGACUUCAUGGUGCAAAUCAAGGAAUACAGAGGUGAAGACGUUACUGACCUGUAUUUGGACGAGCGUGAUCAACAGCUAAAAUCAGCGCAGGAAGAGAAAAGAAAAGUUCAGCUUUCUGUACCUGGAAUUGUUAAUCCCCAUGAUGUGCCCGAAGAAAUGCAAGAUUAAUAUUUAUUACAAGUUUUUAAAGAUAUUCUUUAGCUAUUAGUUAGAUUUUGUCAAUAAGUAAGAUACUAUUAUUAUCUACAUUCAACAUGUAUUUUUGUACUUUUUGUGUUUGUAAUUACAUGAUAAUCUGGCUGAGAAAAGCAACUUACUUUUUAGGUAACUGCAAUUCUGAAACACUGUAUGAGUGGUGUAUAAUGGUACAUGGAUACCAUGCUCUUUAGCUGUUAUGGACAAUAAGUUGUAUUAUUUCAUGUUGAAAAUAGUUUUGCUGUAGGAGUCAGAAAGCCAAAGGCUGCAACAACUUGUACAAAUUGGAUGAUACAAUUUUUUAAAAAAGAUUUGUUGGUUUAUACUGAGCAGUGAGCAGUCAUAUUGAUUUAUAUGGACUGUUUCAUUAGAGGGAAAAGUUUGGUUGUAAAAAAUGCUUAUGGUGUUUGCCAGCUGAAACUGUUUAGACCAUUUUCCCUUUCAUGGUUUCCUGCACAGUGAUCCACUGAAAGUGUAGUGCUCGGUGUAAAGAUUUUGUCAGUAUAUCUUGAGUUUGUAUUAUUUUGUUACCAGUUAUUUACAUCCAUUCCAUCAUUUAAUAUAAAGUGUACUAUUGGAAAAGUGUGGAAUAUGAAUAAAAAGACGAGUAAUGUAUUUUAUAUUAUUUUAUAUUGCAAAGUAGGAAUUUAUGAACAGUAAGUAAAUGAACUGCUGUACAUUUCUAUAUUAUGUGGUGAAGAAUGGUUUCACCUCAAGGCAAAGGACAAAUUGUUAGGAAAUUUGUGUAACAUUCCUUUUAGGUAGAAAAGUCUGUCAUUAAGUUUGAAACAUGAAUGUUUUAGAUUUGUUGUCAGUGCAUUAUGAGAAUUUGAUGAUUUCUGCUAAACAUUCAUGCAUGUCACACUUUAUCUGUGCCAUUGAAGUAGGUUGAUGUUCUUCUGAAAUACAUGUAGUUGUUCAAGUUUAAACAGUUGCAAUUAGUCCAUUACGUUACGUUAUGCUAAUCUUGUAUCACAGUAAGAACUGUUCUUCAUAGUUUGUAACUCCAGAAACAUUAAAUUAAUCAUUUUUUGCAACUUGAAAAAAAAAAAAAAAGAGAAAGCAUAUGUUUUAUUGCUUGAGUUGUAGCCCCAAGAUUUGGUCAGAGCCUAUGUUUGCUUCUCUGAUGAAGCUGUUAGUCAAAGAAUUAAGUUGAGAACUUCAGUAGGUUGACAUUUUAGAUUUAUGCACUGUCAAAGCCCCCUUUGUAUCAUUUUGCACUAUGGUUUUGAUUUUAUUCCAUUAGCAGUUAGCCUCACUGUGUUGCAGCCAAUUUGCAUUUUUGUGAAUCUGCUUCCCUUUGGGGUGCAAGAGCUCAGAUGGGGUGUAACUUUUUGCAUUGCACAGUCCAGUAGACAUGAACCCAAGGUACGUGCAAAGAGAGAGUCCUCUACUAAGAGACUGUUUCUUUGUGCUUGCCUAGCACUCACCCACUAUUGUUUGUCACAAAUUAUUAAGUAUUUUGUUUUGUCUAAUAUUUUAAUUUGCAAACACAGGAUCAUACGAGGAUAUCACAACCAAAUUGUCAAUAAAAAAAAUAAACUCAGAA